UGUAUUGAAUAAACCUUCACAAAUUUUAUUAAAUAUGUCAAUCAUUCUAUUCUAUCGGACUAUCGGAGCGUUUAUUGAAUAAAGUUUCAAAUAGACAGCAACAGGCAGUUGAGAAGGAAAGACAAAAGCGUGCUUGAGUUGAAGGUUAGCGUGCAAUACUGCUACAAUAUUACCUUCCCCAUUUCUCGACAUUCCCAAGCUCAGGGGCGACCGGCGGCGGCGUGGUCUUUGAAGUACUAUCACUUGCCUAAUUUAUUUCUAUGUAAUCUCUCUCUCACCCGUCAGCCUCUCCUCCACCUCGUCGCACCCAACCUGUUCGAUGAAAUGCCUGCGUAACUUCCGACUUGGGUCGCCGAUAUUCAAUGUGCGGUAAAGCGAGGCGAGCUUGAAUUGGAAUGACGCGUAAUCUCAUCCGAAGUUUUCUAUUUGGAGCAAACCACUUGGCAGUCAGAGGCAAUAAUGAAGUGAAGCGUGUGAUGAGGUUUGCGCAUCGGAACUCACAUGGAGAAGAAUCGCCUGAAGAAGAAGAACAAGAAGAAGAAGGACAGGGGGUUUUACCUUCUGAAUGGUACGCCACUGCCUUGUCAAAGAUGAAGAAAUGGAGCCACUCCAUGAAAGAUUUGGACUUGGUUGGUGGGAGGCUUGUGAACAUCCAUAACCAUUCAAGAAUUUUCGAUGCUCAAUUGGAGCACAAAAUGCAUACGUAUAAGAGCACUGCUAGGGUCCUCAUAGGGCAUCCAUCAGUGCUGGAAACAACCAGGCAGACCUUGAUUGCUUCCAAUCCACAUUAUUCCACCUUCCAGCUUUUCAACAGACACCACCAAAGGGAGGCACUAACUGUGAGUUCCUUGACUAGAGUAUCCGACAUUUUGAACAUCUCUGCCCAGCAAAGGAAGAUCGUGAGGCAUACAAUCUGCCCGCAGGUCACACAACAUAGCGUGUGGACCGGUGCACUGGUGGAGAUACUAUGUGGAUUGAAGUCCGAUGUUGAAGUUUUGAUUGGCCAUAAACCAAGCAAGGAGAUGAGACUCGCUCAACAAAUUCUUGUCGGUUGUCUCAACUUACUCGAACCUUGUGUGUCUUACGACCCUGAGAAAAGUUCAUGGAUGCGCCUUGCGCCCACAAGGGAUGUGAAUAGUAAUACUAAUAAUAAUACUAACAAUUCCGCUGAUUCUCCAAAAUGGGAAGAUGUUCUUGAAAUGUCAGUCGAUCUUAUCAACUGCCUGAGUGAGGAGACGCACUUAACUGUCCCUGUUUUGAAGCUGGAGGCGAUGAAAGAGGGGCUGUAUCAGAUUCGGGAUGUUGUGAUUGACAAGAAGAAGAUGGGAUACAAGGAGGCUCGAUACCAAGAACACUUGGUGCAGAAGAAGCUUUCCAAGACAUUAGGCCAUUCAUCUCGGUGCUUGUUCACGCUUCUGGUGUACUAUCUGUAUGGCACUGUUAAGGAUAUUGAUGUAGAGGUUCGCGGUGGCCUGCAGGUGGUGGGUAGUGGAAACAGGUCAUGCUUGCACAUGGGGAAGAUCUUGACGGUGGAUGAGGAGAAAGUGGUGUGGAACGGGGUGAGGCAAUUGGAUAGGGCUCUAAGGCUGUUUAAAUUUGUUUGGGAGAGUGCAGGGAUGAAGGGGGAUUUGGAGCUGCGAGGUCAUUUGUGGCAUGUUGGAGGAGGACAGGGGGGCAGCAGCAGGUCAUUUACAUACAGAGGGAACAUCUAUUUCUUACAUGCGAUGGGAUGGGAUUGAUUGAUUAAUCUCUAGCUUAGCUCACUCAGCUACCUUCAACUUCAACUGCAUGCAUGGCUUGUAUUUGUCAAAGAUUACAUUCAAACUUUCAUAGAUCUUCGACUUCUGCUCUUCUUCACCUCCAACACAAGGCAAGCAAAAGGAGAAUGCGGAGGGCUCGGUCGGUUACAGCCACCCCUUUGCCUUCCAGUAGCGAGAGAUCUUCGACUUCUGCUCCACUUCUUCACCUUGAUUGAUGUCAAAGAAGGUUCCUUGGCACCGCACCUUAAAUCUUCAAUGUAGACCACUGACGACGACGAAGACGAUGAUUAUUCAUUAUUUGCUUCCGUACCUGUUACUGUGCUUCUCCCUUUUCUUCUUCGCAUCCCUUUUGGUUUUUAUCCGUUUCUCUCCCUGAAAAAUUCAAUCGGCAUUUCAGCAUAUACUGUAUAUGCUUAUGCAACUCCCAUUCUGCAGAUGACUGAAGUUCCUGAUCCGAGAGUCAUGAUGAUCAUCUCCUAUUCCCCACCCAAUUCUAUUGUAGCUGUCCUGUUGUUGUCUAUCAAAUGGGAAUAUGAUUUGCGCUAUUCAUUGACUUAAUAGUAAUGAUUGGCUUGUUGAGGAUAUAUCAUGAGUUGUCCUAAUCAAUGCAUUCGCGGGCAGCACUUUUCUUGUUUAUCACAUGUGCAUUCUG